ACAAUAGAAAAAUAGAAGAAUAUCAUUUUUUUCAUUCAUUUUUGGAGUGAAAAAGUGAUACCUUUCUAUAUUCUCCUCUAUAAUAGAUAUAAUAGAGUAAAUCUAUUUAAAAUCAAUUAUUGGAGCGAAACUUACUUUAUAAUAGAGUUACACUAUUUUAGUAGAAAUUAUAAAAGAAGAAAAAUAAAUUUGGGUUGAACAUACCCUUAAUUGGCAUCUUAGUUGGGUCACAAAAUUUACGAUGCACUAGUUAUAGAGUAGAAACCGUUAUAUAUCUGGGCAUCUUGAUACUUUUACAAUGUGUUUUGUUAGCAGCAAUUACAUUUUUUUAACUAUAAUGAAUACAUGAGCAAUAUGUAAUACUUUCAUAAACAUGUUCCAAAUCAAUAAACUAAUAACAACAAACUUUAAUCAUUACUCUCAAUUUUUUUGAACAACCCAAUACUUUUGUUGAUUUUGUAAAAUGAUGAUUCCAAUAACUUAAAUUGUUAUAAACUUUUAACUACUUAUUGCAAGUUCAUAAACUAAUAACAAAAGAUUUUAACAUAAUUUUGAAGUGUCUUUUAAUUGAAGAACACUAGAAUCAUUAUAAAAUCUAAAUCUAUAUAACCCUUUAUAAAUACACAAUAACAGUUUUGAAAUUAUUAAAUGCCUGCAACUUGUAUUAUUGUAAGUUUUUUGCUGCAACGACUUAUUGUAGUGUAAAACGUACAUGUGUUAAUUCGAUGUUGUUACGUUUUGACUCUCAAACUGUAACCCUCAGACUCAAUUUAGGUUACUCAUUCGUAUUUUACUCUAUAAAUUGUUUGCUUCUUUAGAUACCUUAAAACAUUCCAGUUAAGAAACUAUAUCCUCCACAAAAAAACAUAAAAACAGUAGACACCAUAGAAGGUAGGAUCCAAGCUCUAGUAUCAAUGAUUCUGAUGGUGACACUAUGUGCCACUAUACUAUUGCAGCCGGGCUUGGCCGACGUGCAAGUAACACCUCAAUUUACUUCCUUUCCUGGCUCCCCUAUAGAUCUCACAAAAUGUUGGUCAUCUCUCUUCAGUGUUGAAGAUUGUGUAAUUGACAUCUACAAGUUUUCUGUAACUGGUAAGUUUGGUAUUAACCAGGCGUGUUGCAAGGCGUUUAUGGAUAUGGAUGAUAAGUGUUGGCGAAAAAUGAUUCCGUUCAAUCCAUUCUUUCGUCCUCUUCUCAAGAAUAGUUGCUCUCGUAUCAACGGAGUUGUUCUCACACACACCACACCUCAUCAAGUCCCUACCAUUCCUUGGGUUUCUCAUCCCGGUUCUCCAGUCGAUCUCACAAAAUGUUGGUCAUCACUUACCAGUGUUCAAGGUUGUGUAACUGAAAUCUACAAAUCAGUGUUCACGGGAAAGUUUGAUAAUGUUGGACCAAUGUGUUGUAAGGCAGCUUCGGCUGUGGAUGCGAAAUGCUGGCCACAUAUGUUUCCACUAAAUACAUUCUUCCCUCGUCUUCUCAAAGAAAGUUGUUCUCGCAUCAUCAAUGAAGCAGAACCUACGGACAAAUGAAGUCAGUAACAGAAGAAAUCAUGGGAAAUGCUUUGGGUUAAGUUACUUACAGCUUGUACUUCAUACUUUCAAUAGUUUAUGUAUUCCAAUGAAAUUAUUUAUUUUAAAAGAACUAAUUCAAAAACUAUAUUGUCAAAAACUCAAACCAUAGAUCAUCACAUUCUGAUCUAGCAGUCUUAGAUCUUCCUUCCACCAAGACUAAGGCUAACUCGAGCUGUAUGCUUAUAGAACCUAUCAUGUUCAAGUAAAAUCGUGCCAAUAGCCAUAUAAACGAUGUGGGAUACUUCAUACCAAUAACAAAUGUUAGAAGUAUUUUUUUUUGGGAAAUUUUAUGUUUACCACUUUCAUGGUACCACUUUUCAUCUUUACUACCACUAA